UUACUCCUCACAGGAAUUGCCUUCUAUGGCCUAAAGUUACAUUGUUAUGGGUGAACAAAGCCCUAAUGCUAAGCACAGGUUGCUAUGCAUUCUCAGGAAAUGUUACAGAAGAGUUAUGUGAAUAUAUUAAUGCAUUUGACAUGCCUUUUUAACCAGGAUGGUAUUUUGGCCUACAUUAUCAUUAAUGAUAAUUGUUUGGGUCAUUCGGUAUGUAUAAAUGUUUCCUAUGGAAUUUUGUUCAGCUCUCUUUUGUUAUAUUCGGGACAGUUUUGCCUAGUCCUUAGUGUAAUUUGGUCAACAUUCCAGUAGAUGUCGGUAUGAAGAAAGCCAAACAGGGCUUUAACUAGCUUUAUUGCUUUGGUUAAUCUUUCACCUGUUACUGUGGUUAUGGAUUGCAUUUCAAGAUCAUCACCAAUUUAACUUUCUCUGUAAAGCAGUUUGUGAACCAAAGUGAAAAGUAAUCAGGUAUAACCUCAACAAAAGAUCAAGAGAUCAAACCAUUUUUAAAACUCAUUUGAAAAUGUGCUCUGGAGAAAUGGACGGAAUUUGUGUAUAUCGGGAAAAACAAACAUUCUAGGCCUUAGCUAGUUCUACUGUAUUUCCAGCUUAGCUAGUUCCCUUGAUCUCCUUAGGGAGAAUUAGAGAAAUGCUUAGAUACAAGAAUGUGUUGACUCAGCCAUAAGUUGAAAAGAAACAAUGAAAAUCUUGGUGUUGGUGUAAACCAUUACAUAUGUCUCAAUGAAAAAUGUCCUGAAAUGUGCCUAUUGAGGGAACUGUGGAUGAAAUAUCAACUCAGGUGUUGAACAAACAUGUGUCUUGGUUGGUUGACAAAAGCACACCCACCAAGGAAUGGGGCUAUAAUCCCCAGGUCCCCUCGGAGGGAUCCUUCAGUGCAUAGGACUUUGGCUUCUCUGCACUGCAGAACCUCUGACUGAACUCCCUGCUGUCUACCCAACAAUCCACUUCUGAGCGCACCAGUGUUCAGUACCCAGAUUCACAAUGUCACUUUUCAUCCAUAUAUUGGCCUGCCUGUUUGGCAUGGGCUCCUGGGUGUCUAUCAACGGACUAUGGGUAGAGCUGCCUCUCAUCGUGCCCCAGAUCCCAGAGGGUUGGUACCUGCCAUCCUACCUAUCCGUCCUCAUCCAGAUGGCCAACGUGGGGCCCCUGUUCAUCACCCUCAUGCACCGCUUCCGCCCCGGGGCGCUAAACGAGACAGUGGUUAUCUAUGUGAUCAUCUCCCUGGGCAUGGUGGCCAGCUUUCUCCUGGCCUUCUUCUGGAAGGAGACGCUGCUGGUGGUGGGCGUCCCUCGCAGCGUGGCCCUCCUCCUCCUUACUUUCUUCCUCUCCACUGUGGACUGCACCUCCUCUGUCACCUUCCUGCCCUUUAUGAUGCGUCUGAAGCCUCAGUACCUCACCACCUACUUUGUAGGGGAGGGUGUCAGUGGCCUGCUACCCGCCCUGGUAGCCCUGAUCCAGGGGGUGGGGGUGGUCCACUGUAACAACUGCACUCGGAUGAUAAAUGACACUGGCUCAGUCAGUCUUAGCUACGAACUUCAGGCUCACUACCAGCCGGCCAACUUCUCAGCUGGGGUGUUCUUCUUCUUCCUCAGUGCCAUGAUGUUGGUGUGCCUGGGAGCCUUCAUCCUUCUGAACUACCACCCUGCCGUGGCCCGGGAACGCCCAAAUGCCCGCUACCCCAACGGGGUCCUGGAGAAAGGCGAGGCAGCUCAGAUGAACCCCACAGAGCAGAAGACCAUGAUCAAACAGUCUGAUAUCAAGCCCAAAAGCUGCUUUGGGACCGGGACGUACAGCCGGAUACAGGUGCUGUAUAUGUUCUUCAUCCUGGCCUGGGUCAACGGACUGACUAACGUUGUGCUUCCCUCAGUGCAGUCCUACUCUUGUCUGCCCUAUGGAAACAGUGCCUACCACUUAUCAGCCACCAUGGCUGCGGUGUCCAACCCUCUAGCCUGCUUCAUUGCCAUGUUUUUCCCAACAAGGUCCUUAUUGCUGUUGGGGGCUCUCACUUUGUUUGGCAGUGGGAUUGGAGCCUACAUUAUAGGCAUGGCAGUGCUGAGUCCAUGUCCUCUGCUGGUCAAUGAAACCUCAGGAACCUUCCUCAUUGUGGGCUCCUGGAUCUUCUUCAUCCUCACUUUGUCCUAUGUUAAGGUGAUCAUUGGUGUUAUCCUCCGUGAUGAGGGCCACAGUGCCCUCGUGUGGUGUGGAGCAGUGGUGCAGUUGGGGUCCUUCAUGGGUGCAGUCACCAUGUUUCCCUUGGUCAGUGUGUAUAGUUUAUUUUUAUCAGGAGACCCAUGUAAUACAAAGUGCCCUUAAAUUAUGCUAAACAACGAUGAACCAGGCAUAUUCUGAGAAACAUAUUUGAUUAAUUCUUCCGAAGCAUGUGUACUUCAUUAGUAAAAUGCAAUUAGCUAGUGAGGUGAACAGAAUUCAACCAACUCGUAGGAGUAAAGUAAGGUAUACCCUAUAUAAGGUUCAGGGUGAUUUACUAUUUGGACAACACCCUCCAAGUAUCUUGUCAUGUGCUAUUGAUAAGCUACCGUCAGAGCCUCUUUUCACUCUACACUAGCAGCUUGUGGAUGGUAAAAUUAGGGACUUUUGUCAGUGCAUGCAAAUAAUACCAGGCAGAGAAUAAGCACCUUUAGAGAGAGAAAGAACAUUCAGCUCUCCGGAAGAUAAAAGCCUAGUGUUUUUGUAGCAGACGCUGUUGAAUAAAUGGACUUGUGAUUAGCUAUGUCAACUAUUGUGGUUGCCCUAAUCUAAUGUUGACAGAUCGAUGUCUGACAGUUUGGAGUCUUGAAUGGACCAUUCUCACUGUGGAGAAUCUUUCAUAGGAAUUCAGUGAUUAUGUAGCCAUUUUAACAUUUGGUCAUUUAUUAUUUACUCAUUUGGUCAUUUAUUUGGUAAUUUGUUUACUCGGCUCCUGUUGCAUCUCAGUGCAACAGGCAUCACUACAGUCCCUGGUUCGAAUCCAGGCUGUAUCACAUCCGGUCGUGAUUGGGAGUCCCAUAGGGCAGCUCACAAUUAGCCCAGCGUCGUCCGGGUUUGGCCGGGGUAGGCCAAACCUCUUAACUGAGUUAACUCUAAUUUGCUCAACCUUUAUUUUAAGUGCCAAGGGCACAUCAACAGAUUUUUCACGUCAACAGAUUUUUCACGUUGUUAGAGAAUUCGAACCAGCAACCUUUUGGUUAUUGGCGCAAUGCUCUAACCACUAGGCUAUACCGCCCUGUAUUGUAAUGUAUUGUAGUAUACUGUAAACCUAUUACAGUUAAUUAAUAUAUUGCAGUAGCUUUAAGUGUUUAGAAUGUAUUUGACAGGUGAUAGCAACAAACUUUACAUAUUCAAGCACAGUCAACUAAAAUGUUUAGGCUAUACAGAACCAUAAAAGGCCACAAAGUUCAUUAUUCAAAAAGAAUAAGAAUAUUCUAGCUAUAUUUUAGAUCACAAUCAAAAGUACCCUAAUUACCGCCUUUUCUCUAUUCAACUUGUUUUGAACAGGCAAACAGUUUUGCUUGAGUAAAUAGGUCAAAUAUUAUAUGCAGUACAAUGAAUUGUACAGGUUAUAGCAAGAUACUAAACAUAUUCAAGUGUAGUCAACUAAACUGUUACGGCGCCAUAAAAUGUCACGAAGUCCAUUAUUCUAAACGAAAAACCAUCUCAGUUCUUGACAUUUUCUAGUUAACAUCAAAAGGCUAGAGUAGACUAUUGCCACCUAUACUAUUAAAUGUUUCAUUUUGAACAGGCAUACCGCAUUCCUUGAGUAAACAGGUACCGUAUUGGAUGUGCUAGGCUGGCAGCAGAUAGCAUGAUCACACGCAUAGGAACAACUAAACAGUUUAAAAGGUUUUCUGUAUAAUUUGACUUUAAGACCAGUAAAAUGGUUGUAGGAUUGUAACACAUGUACAACCAUAUUAGUUAUGCGGACAGUUCUAUAGGCACACUUUUUGGUUGGGUGCAUCUCAUCUUUCCCUGGCCCUGAUUUCUUUACAGCAAAUAUAAUACUCAUGUUGCACCACCACAUCACUAUAAUAAGGAAAUUCACAAUCCCACAUACAAUCCAUCCAUUCUAAUCAAUUUCUAAGAAACUCUUUGCCAGAGCAG